AUGGAAAAAUUGUGGGUAUCCGUAAAAGUGCAGACACUGCCUCUCAUGCGGCCCAAAGCUCCCAUGCGGCGGGAAAGCACCAAUAGGACAAAAGGUAGCAUCGCCUGGUACAUGGCCACCUCAUGGCCUCGGCACAACCCCGGGCUGCGCCAUCUUCCACCUCAGACCGACCUACUGGCCGUCAUGCAAGCCGUCAUGCCAAGAGGCGAACAAUGGCUCGUCGAGAUGCCUGAGUCUCAACGCCCCUACACCAACCACUGCGCCAACUCGGCCACUCUGCCGUCCGUCGCCGCCACCGGUUGGGCUUUGCGUACGAGGGGUACAGUUACCGUCUGGACAGGUAGGACUUAG